UGUAAAUACUCUUUAAUUGUACUCACAGUUUUAUCCGAAAUAUAAACAUUUUAUCCGAAAAAGUUUGCUCUCUUUUUGGAAAUAAUUGUUAUUGUUGAUUUUUGUUCACAUUUGACACAAAAGUUGAAGAAUUUUUUUUAUUUUUGUUGUUGUUUCCCGACAAGAUGUCUGAUAAAAAACCCGACGAAGUUAAAGACCAAGAAUAUUUAAGCACAUUACCAAACCAAGAAUUUGAUGAAGCAGUUACAACAAUGCAGAACAACAUUCAAAAUGAGAUUGCUGCUUCUUCAUCUCUUGUUGGAAACAAACAAGAAAUCUUGACAUUGAAGUCUGAGUAUUCAGCAGAUGAUAAACAAUACCAACAUAAAAUUCAGGAGUUAAGCAAACGAUACACCCAUGUGAGGAAAACAAGGGGAGACGGGAAUUGUUUCUUUCGUGCUUUUGGAUUCGGAUAUUUAGAAGUUUUGUUGCAUAAUAAGAAAGAUUACGCAAAAUUUAAAGAAGCUGCCGCAGGGACGCUGAAAAAGUUGAUGAGUCUAAAUUAUCCUUCCUUUACAGUGGAAGAUUUCUAUGAAAAUUUUAUGUCCGUGGUUAACUCCAUCGGGGAAGGCACGACGUUGGAUGAAUUGAGCAAUUCCUUUGUUGAUGAAGGUCUCUCCAAUUAUUUUGUUGUUUACUUGCGAUUAAUCGCUUCAUGCCAACUUCAACUUGACGCCGAUUUCUACCAAAAUUUUAUCGAUAAUGGAAAAUCUAUUGUGGAGUUUUGUAAAACUGAAGUCGAGCCAAUGUACCAGGAAAGCGAUCAUAUUCAUAUCAUCGCGCUCACCAGUGCGUUAAACGCAAGCGUACGUGUUGCUUAUCUCGAUCGAGGGGGAAACCAACUUGCAUUUCAUGAUUUUCCCGAAGACACCGAACCUACUUUGCAUAUUCUUUAUAAACCUGGACAUUAUGACAUAUUAUAUCCAAGAUGAAAAUGUUUGAACUUGAAUAGAUUAAAUUUUUCAAUCUUUUUCAGUGAUUUGUUGUUUUUUUAUUGAAACAAAAACUGUGAAUUCUAAUGAAUUCUCGUGUUAUUUAAAGUAGAAACAUUGAUGACAAUACUUGAUAUUCAGGUAAAAUAAACACAACUUGAAAGAGA